AUGGCGUCAAUGUGGAUGUCCGACACCCAAAAAAUCGGAGUGAUUUUUUGCUCCGGAGGCGGUUUCUUCCUCAUCGGCGGAGUGAUGCUGUUCUUCGACCGCGCCAUGCUCGCCAUGGGAAAUAUCCUCUUCCUUAUCGGUCUGACGAUUAUUAUCGGACCCCAGAAGACGCUGCUCUUCUUCGCGCGGAAACAAAAGGCAAAGGGCACGGCAGCCUUCUUCGCGGGGCUCGCCCUGAUUCUGCUGCGGUGGCCCCUGAUCGGCUUCUGUGUCGAGCUCUACGGCAUCAUGAUCCUGUUCGGAGACUUCCUCGGCACUAUCGCCGCGUUCGCGCGCAACAUCCCAGUCAUAGGGCCCUACAUCGGGGCCGCGGUCGACCGGUCCGGUGUUGGACGGCGAAACGCCGAACUGCCCGUGUAA